AUGUCGCUAUCCCAUCUAUUUUGCAUAUUCUUCCUCUACACAACCCUAGCUCCCACUGUGACAUGCCUUGACGGCGGUGCCACUACUACAGGCAAAGCACCAUCCAAACGUACUCUUUCACCAUAUGACAACGAUGGCCAUCCGACGGACUUGGGAUCUUCCUUUCCUCGUCUGACAUAUGGAACGGCAUGGAAGAAGGACGCCACUACAAGCCUCGUCUAUCAAGCCAUUCAUGCUGGAUUCCGUCAUGUGGAUACUGCCUGUCAGCCCAAGCAUUAUCACGAGGCGGGAGUCGGAGAAGGGUGGACCAAAGCGGCCCACGAACUUGGUUUGGAUCGUUCCCAUGUCUGGCUGCAAACCAAAUAUACGUCCGUAAGUGGUCAAGAUCCCAGCCGUAUUCCGUACAACCCAGAAGUAUCUCUGCGGGAUCAAGUCCACCAAUCCCUGCAAGCUUCUCUCAAGAAUUUGCAGACAAACUAUUUGGAUUCCUGGGUCAUGCACGGUCCCGAAUCCUCGUGGGAGGACAAUUUUGAAGUCUGGACAGCAAUGGAAGAAAUGGUGGAUGCUGGAUUGGUGAAACAAAUUGGAAUUAGCAACUUUUACGAUCCGGGAGCGGUGAAAUACUUGUAUGAAAAUGCCAGAAUCAAACCAGCCGUCGUCCAAAAUCGAUUCUAUGGAGAUACUGGCUACGAUGUGCAAAUUCGGCAAUUUUGUUUGGAUCAUGGGAUGGAAUACCAAAGCUUUUGGACGUUGGGUGCCAAUCGACACUUUUUGGGAGACAGUAGGGUCGUACGGUUGGCGCAAAAGAGGAAUCUGACUCCGGAAGCGAUACUCUAUGCGACCGCUCUCAAAUUGGGUAUUACCCCCUUGGAUGGGACUACCAGCGUACAACACAUGCAAGAAGAUAUGGCCUUGUUGCGGCGGCUGCGAGAAGGAGGAGAGGAAAUCAUAUCGGAUAGGGAAAUUAGAAUCCUGACAAGAAUUCUGGGAAUUCCAAGCGAAGGAGAAGCUGAUAGUAUGGACGAAGAUGAAGAAGAGGAGGAGGAAGAGCUGUAG